AUGUUAGAGAUCGUUCGUUCAGGAUUCGUAAAGCAGGCAUCCCUCACCUCAGGGAAGAGAAGAAAAACCGAGAGAAUCCGAAAAUGUUAUUAUGCCAUGCGUAAAAGAAUCUGUAAUGAACCACUCGACCUCACAGGCAUCGAUCUCCUCCCUGGGCUCGAAAUCCAAGGCCCGAACAUUGAUGUCGGGCCUCAAUCCCCGAAAGAUCUUCAGUUUGGCGAACAAGCAGUCGCUCAAGACCUCUCAUUCUGUUAUGAGGGCAAUAAUGAUCUGUUCGAGUCCGAGACUCGUGUGGAGGGCCCAGGAUUUGGAGCCUGCGGGCCAUUCCGUAAUUUCGCGUGCUCCUCCUCCACGAUGCCUCAAAUCGCGGAGCAGGACCAAGAAAUGGCCGGGGACGAUUUCGUAAUUCCGCCAUCGAGCGAUGCGAAUAUGAUGGAGACCUAUUUGGCCGACCUGUCCGAUAAAUUGUUUUCAGAUGAUGACCUGCUCUUCUCGGAUAGUAGUGCAUAUGAUGAUAUUGACACGUCUUAUUUCGAUGGGCUUUCCUCACUUUUGACAUCCGAUAUUCCCCCGAGUCAGAUUGACUCACAGCUUUUGGACAGCACAGUCUGUGAGGAUCCUAUUGAAGUUUCCAGUCCCGAGGCAACGAUUUCUGCCGCGAAAGAUCUCGGGCCUGAAUACAAAAAUGGGGUCAUCUGCUGCGUGUUGAAUACUGAGGACCCGGAGAUACCUAGUAACGAGGACGUGUUCAUGCCAAUCAGUUUGAAGAAUGAUAAUGUGAAUUUGGAAAUCCGAAAGGUUGGAUUGGAUAGUGGUGAGUUGAGUUGCCGAAAGACGAUUGACUUGCCGCCAUUUGAUGAGUCUUGGGCAUUGGAUAUUGAAGAGUGGUCGGAAGACGAUGUGCCUUGUUUUUCUGAUGUUGAAGCAAUGAUUCUACAUAUGGACUUGAGCCUGGACGAACAUUAUCUGUACACAAAUCCAGAAGUCCAGCAAUACACGCACGAGGAAUCUAAAAGAGCAAUCGUGAGGCUGGAGCAAGCAGCCGAGGCGUGUGCUCACAGAGCCAUUACUACUCACUGUGCAUUUGCUGUUCUUUACGGCCGCUGGUCGAAGCAUUUCAUAAAGAAAACCGAGGUGAUACUCGGCAGGGUAACUGAAGAUAAUAAAGUUGACAUCGACUUGGGAAGAGAAAAAAAUGGUGGUAGAAUUUCUCGAAGACAGGCUAUUAUAAAAAUGGACAAGCAUGGUAAUUUUCAAUUGACCAACGUCGGUAAAUCUUGGGUUCACGUGAACGGCAAAGAGGCGUUCCGUGGUCAGAGUUUAAGCCUUGCUUCUGGCUGUCUUAUCGAGGUGAGGGGAUUCGCAUUUAUUUUCGAGACGAGCCGAAUGAACAUAAACCAGUACUUGAACAGGUAG